UGAACACUAAUCUCGAAGAGUGGUCCGCGUUUGCACCGUUGCAGUUCCUUUAGCGGUUGUGUUCGUCCAAGUGUUCCACGGUAUUCCGUAUCGAGUCUUGCAAACGAAUCGAAUUAUAGUAACGUUUUUACGAUGGCAAAGCCACAGUCAGAUGUCGAUAAAAGGAAACAGAUCAGUGUGCGCGGCAUAGCCCAGCUGGAGGAUGUGAACGAGAUCAAGAAGGAUUUCAAUCGGCAUCUUCACUACACGUUGGUGAAGGACAGGAACGUAGCCACCGUGCGUGAUUACUACUUUGCCCUAGCCCAUACCGUGAAGGAUCAUCUGGUAUCGCGAUGGAUCCGAACGCAGCAAUAUUACUACGAGAGGGACCCGAAACGCGUGUACUAUUUGUCCUUGGAGUACUACAUGGGACGAUCACUGCAAAACACCAUGAUAAAUCUCGGCAUACAAACGUCGUGCGAUGAAGCGAUGUAUCAGAUGGGUCUGGACAUUGAGGAGCUGGAGGAGCUGGAAGAGGAUGCCGGCUUGGGUAAUGGCGGUUUGGGCCGGUUGGCUGCCUGCUUCCUCGACUCCAUGGCAACACUGGGAAUGCCGGCCUAUGGAUAUGGCAUUCGUUACGAGUAUGGUAUUUUUGCACAGAAGAUCCGUAACGGGGAACAGGUUGAGGAACCGGACGAUUGGCUGCGUUACGGUAACCCGUGGGAGAAGGCGCGCCCGGAAUACAUGAUCCCGAUCCAUUUCUAUGGCCGCGUGAUCGACACACCCGAGGGUAAAAAGUGGGUCGACACGCAGACCGUGUUCGCUAUGCCGUACGAUAACCCGGUGCCCGGUUAUGGAAACAAUGUCGUUAACACACUUCGCCUGUGGUCUGCCAAAUCACCGAUUGAUUUCAACCUGAAGUUCUUCAACGAUGGUGAUUACAUCCAGGCCGUGUUGGAUCGAAAUCUGGCGGAAAAUAUUUCCCGCGUGCUCUAUCCCAACGAUAACUUCUUCGAGGGCAAAGAAUUGCGCUUGAAGCAGGAAUACUUUAUGUGUGCCGCCACGCUGCAGGACAUUGUGCGCCGUUACAAGGCAUCGAAGUUUGGUUCGCGCGAUGCCGUCCGUACGUCGUUUGAUGAUUUCCCGAACAAGGUGGCAAUACAGCUGAACGAUACCCAUCCGUCGCUGGCCAUUCCCGAGCUGAUGCGCAUCCUGCUGGACGAUGAGAAGCUUAGCUGGGAGAAGGCGUGGGACAUUGUGACGCGUACCUGCGCCUACACGAACCACACCGUGCUGCCGGAGGCGCUGGAACGCUGGCCCGUGUCAAUGCUGCAGUCGAUUCUGCCGCGCCACCUGGAGAUUAUCUAUCAUAUAAACUUUUUGCAUUUACAAGAAGUUGAAAAACGUUUCCCGGGAGAUUUCGGCCGUAUGCGUGCACUGUCGCUGGUGGAGGAGGAUGGUGAGAAGCGCAUCAACAUGGCAAACCUGUCGAUUGUGGGUUCGCACGCGGUGAACGGUGUGGCAGCAAUCCAUUCCGAAAUCAUCAAGAAGGAUAUCUUCAAAUGCUUCUACGAGAUGACGCCGGAAAAGUUCCAGAACAAAACGAACGGCAUUACGCCCCGGCGCUGGUUGCUGCUGUGCAAUCCCGGCCUGUCCGAUCUGAUUGCGGAGAAGAUCGGCGACCAGUGGCCGGUCCAUCUGGAGCAGCUGCAGGAGCUGAAGAAAUGGGCAAAGGAUCCUACAUUCCAGCGGGCCGUGGCGCGUGUGAAGCAGGAAAACAAGCUGAAGCUAGCACAGCUGCUGGAGAAGGAUUACGGCGUGAAGGUGAAUCCGGCUUCCAUGUUCGACAUCCAGGUGAAGCGUAUCCACGAGUACAAACGUCAGCUGCUCAACUGUCUGCACAUCAUCACGCUGUACAAUCGCAUCAAGCGUGAUCCGACCGCCAACUUUACGCCGCGCACGAUCAUGAUCGGUGGAAAGGCGGCCCCGGGUUACUACAUUGCCAAGCAAAUCAUCAAGCUAAUCUGUGCGGUUGGCAACGUGGUAAACAAUGAUCCGAUCGUGGGCGACAAGCUGAAGGUCAUUUUCCUGGAGAACUACCGAGUAACGCUGGCGGAGAAGAUUAUGCCGGCGGCUGAUUUGUCGGAGCAGAUUUCGACCGCUGGUACGGAAGCGUCCGGUACGGGCAAUAUGAAAUUCCAGCUUAAUGGCGCACUGACCAUUGGCACCCUGGAUGGUGCGAAUGUGGAGAUGGCCGAGGAGAUGGGCAAUGAGAACAUUUUCAUCUUCGGCAUGACGGUGGAGGAGGUCGAAGAUCUCAAGUGCCGUGGAUACAAUGCGUACGAUUACUACAAUUCGAAUCCGGACAUUAAGCAGUGCGUUGAUCAGAUCCAGGGCGGAUUCUUCAGCCCGGGCAAUCCGCAUGAAUUCCAAGAUUUGGCCAAUGUGCUGCUGAAGUAUGAUCGUUACUACUUGUUUGCUGAUUUCGAUUCCUACAUCAAAACACAGGAUCGUGUUUCCGCCGUAUAUCAGGAUCAAUCAAAAUGGUUGGAGAUGUCCAUCAACAACAUCGCAACCAGUGGCAAAUUCUCGAGCGAUCGUACCAUCGCCGAGUACGCGCGACAAAUCUGGGGCAUUGAACCGAGCUGGGAGAAAUUGCCGAACCCGGGCAGUGCAAAGUAAAUCGUGCGCUUCCCAGUAUCUGUUGCAAGCGUGUAAGCGGUAAAAUAUAUAGUCCACCAAGUGUUUGCGCCACUGCCGUCGUUCCAACCACGCACCCGCUCCUGCAUUGGAUGCGCAGUAGAGUAAAGCGUCAUAGCCGCUAAAAAUUAGCUCACCCCUUCACCGCGGGUGUGGCGGCAUUAAAACACAGCUUUCCGUUUCGUUCGAGCCUGACAUAUACUCUUCUACAAAAAAGGGGUGCCAUCACUAACAAAAAACACAACGGAUGAAGAAAUAAAACACACUAACAACAACGCAAAUAUCUACAUAAUGGGGAUUUAUUUAGUAAAGUAGCGCCAUCAUAAACAACGCAAGCCGUUGUGUAAAGAUUGGUUAAUUUCCGAUAGUAAGUUUUGUUUUCGUUAACACUCACCAAAAAAAAAAAAAUAACUACAACACCCACAAUCGAUAGUGGCGCCAUGUUAUUAUGCAUAAAAAAUGCCUGUUCGUUAGGUAAAUGUUAUGGGAUAUUAUUGUUUUCAAAUAAAAACGUAAAAGUCUAAUCUUCUCUGUG